AUCUACAUCCGGCCGUCCUGAUUCUCACCGGAAGACGCUGUGAGCAGUGCUCGCUGUUAUCGAUGUUCAGUUAAUAUUCAAAAGUAUUUUCCGGGAUGGAGCCCAAGCCUUCCAGGAAAUCCACAAGAUUGCCUGUUGAAGGACACAACUCUUUACCUGCGCCGCCUUCAGGAACAAAAAUUUUGUACGAGAGUAGAUCAAAUGGCCUUGGUGACUUGUAUGCAACAAGAGAAACUCCAAAUAAAAUUGAAAAUGAAAUUCAGGAGUCUCAAUUGCAUCAUAAUGCCCGUGGAGACUUUCCUAUAUCUGAACCAGAAUGCAGUGAAUAUCAAUUGAAACUAUCAACUACCACUUCAACACACAACUCAAGAUCUGAAAGACCGUGGCCUGUGGGUUUUUCGGGAACCAGAAUGUUCUCCACAUCUGAAGGUUGUCAUUUGUCUGCACCUUUGCAGUCUACUUUAUAUAAUGAAACAGAGAGACUUCCAGGAGCAUCUUCAAGAUGUUUAACACCCCAGAAUGUUGAUUCCAAGAGGCCUAAACUUGUGUCAACUUAUUCUCCUAGAAAUGGUGCCGAUUGUGAGAGAAACAAUUCAGAUUCGAUGUGGAGGUGCUCUCAGUUUCCAAGAUCAUCAGCUGUGCAAUUCAAUUCAACAUCUCGAGGUGAAACUAUCUUCAGUGAAGGAAUUGAGAUGGAAAGGAGAACAGAGUCCAGUCCUGAAGAAGGUAUUGAAAAUAGAAUUUUAUCCACUGCGCAAGGCGCAAGGCCAAGGCUUGGAUCUUUGAGACACACCACAUCAAAUCUAAGUGAAUUACUCUCUCCUCCUUCAGAGAGCCGAUCUGUGUUCUCGAGAAAUUCUAGCAGAAAUUCUUCCAGGUCCUCUAAUAACAGCACUGCCUUUUCAAACAUUGAAGUGACACCACAAAGAAGUACAGAAUGUGGUUUUAUUCUGAGUAGAGCUGGCUCCGGAACUUCGGAAUCAAUAACCUCACAAAGGCGAAAUAUGUCUGUGUUGCAGCCAAGAUCACCAAAUGACUUUGCAUCAGAGUCUAGCAGAAGGUGUAGACCUAGACAGCUAUUGUCCCGUCUGGCAUCCAGUGUGUCUUCAACUUUCUCCAGCAACCGAAGACCCAACCAAGGGCAUUCAAAUGUAAGCUCUUUUGAAGCAGCAUGUUCCAUUGGUCAUUCAACCGACAUUUCAUUAGGUGGAAGACAAGAAAAUUUCGCACAAGCUAAUAGCUCUGGCAGGCGUGAAGCUACCAAUUUUUCAAAUAAUCGAUCCUCUGAAUCUUCUCAGGGAUUUGGAUUUUUGAGAUGGAGACGACUAGGAGUAUCGAACCUUUCACAGUCUCAAAAUGCUAAUGAUGGUGUAGAGAGUUUGCCAAACUUGAGGCAAGAUGAUUCUGAAUAUAGAAAUACUGCUUCGUGGUUAUCAUCAUCAUUACGAAACAGAUGCACCCCUCUUUUCAACAGAAGGAGAAGAGAAGGAAGGGAUGAAACUGCAAGAAUGGCUGCCACACCUAGUAGUACUAUAAAUGAAGCCAGAGUAGAACAGCCAUCAGUCCUCCAAAGAGAAGUUAGAACAUUUGAAAACUCAAGCAGGGAACAAUCGAAUGUUACCCAAGGUGCUACUGCAGCUUCUUCAGGAGCUUUGAGCUCCACCUUUUGCACUCCAUCUGUACCAGAGAGCCCUCGAGGUCGAAGUACUUCAGGAAUUGCAGGGAUAUUCCCUAAUUCUGUCAUUCGCCUUUCUAUGCCAUAUGGCCUUGGAGAUGAAUUCUCCGAUAAUAUACUGAUAGCAGUUGACUUCGCAAACCAUGUAAAUACUCAUCAAGAGAAACAAAAAACUGCAAGUGCAUCUAAGGACCCAGAAAAACUCAGAAAAAUACAGGAAAGCUUGCUUUUAGAGGAUUCUGAUGAUGACGAAGGUGAUAUCUGCCGUAUUUGCCAAAUGGGAGCUGGAGCUACGACACCUCCAAAUCCUUUAAUACAGCCAUGCAAUUGUACUGGUAGCUUGCAAUAUGUUCAUCAGGAAUGCAUGAAGAAAUGGUUGCAAUCAAAAAUAAAUUCAGGUGCUGAUUUGACUGCUAUAACUACCUGUGAAUUGUGUAAAGAGAAGCUGCAGCUGGAAUUUGAAGAUUUUGAUGUUCACGAAUUGUAUAGGACACAUGCAGAUGAACAGGCACAAUAUGAAUUCAUCAGUUCUGGUCUCUACCUUGUUCUGUUACUUCACCUGUGUGAACAGAGAUUUUCUGACAUGAUGGGUGGCACAAGUGAAUCACGGACUAGACUUCGGUUCAUCCAUCUGGCAAGAACCCUUCAGCAGCACAUACAAGAUCUUGAAACCACAGAUGAAGAUUCUGAGGAGGAGCAGGAUAGCUUUGACAGCAGUAGAAUACCAGGCGAUUCUGCUUAGUGGACUCGGUGGGACUUGUAAAGCACAAAUGGAAUCCGUGCAGCAGCGAGGAAAGCCCCUAUAGUAUUCAAGUGGCUAAACAUUGUAUUCAUAUUUCAAUUUUGCUGUUUCUAGAAAUUGCUAGUGGAGCAUCAUCAAAGAAUAAUACUAAACAUUAAGUGCAGUUUCUAAGCUUUGUGACUGCACUCAAGUAAUGAUGACAUGCAUUAUAAUUUGAGAAAAUAACAAUUAAGCAAAGCUUUUUAUAAGUUAGCAUUAGAAACUAAGCAGCAAGGCAACACACCGUAUAUAUGUAUAAUCUACUUUUUACUUUUAAUAUUUUGUGUCAGAAUCUGGACAUAAAGAAUUUGCAGCAGAUUAUUCAGGUCAGAGUUGCUUUGAUGAAAUUUGACCUAGGAACUCUGAAUUCCAGAAUUUUGCAGGAAAUGCAAGAAGCAUAGGUUAUCUGAUUUUAUUAGAAAAUUCUGUUAAAAUUCUUACUUUGUGCAAGUGUGUUUCCUUUCAUGAGUACAUGCACCUGUCAAAUAAGGAUCUUGCUGCAGUUUUAACUCAAUUGGUCAGACCUUUUUUGUUGGGCCUGAGUAGUACAUUGAGUGCAUUUCAUUUGAAUGUCAUUUACCAAAAUUUUUUUGAGAUCCAGGUAAAAUUAUCUGCCUUAUCAAAACAUAGGAUGUGGUGAAUAAAGUAACAGUUUUUGUUCAUAAAAUUAUUAAAGAUACGAAGUUUUAAAAAAUGAACUUGUUGCAUUUUUAGAUUUAUUACAACUGUUGGAGAUAAUGUAACUGCAAUAUACCAUAACAUUUAUAGUAAUUUUUAAACACCUAGUAACGUGCUUCACAUAAUAUCUUCAACACAAUGUGCUUCAGAGUGCAGUAUAUUCAGAUACAUAAAGUUUUGUUUUGAUGCGGGAGGAAUCUUUAUUCCUAAAUCAUGAGAUUACUAUGAGCAAAAAGAACCAUUCAGUAUAUCUUUAUUCACUUAGAUGAAGGACAAAUCGUUUUACUCUGAUCUCCCAUUUUUAAAAAAUCCAGUUUCUUCACCAAAGGGGAAUACAAAACUGUUCUUUGGGUACAUGAUAUAUAAAGAUGCAUAACACAAAUAUGAAUGCAAAUGUUACAUUUAAUGUUUUGUGCUAGUUAGGGAUUGUGUCCAUAGUCUUUCGCUGACUUAAUUGAAGCAAGUGAUGCCAGAUUUUGGAAAUUUGAAAUUUAAGGAGAAAAUGCUGGAAACACUGAACACGUCAGGCAGCAUUGUUGCGCAGAGAAAGGUAACUUUGCCAUUUGAGAUUCACAUUUCUGUUGACAUGACAUUGAUCUGACAUGUUAGUGCUAUUUUUCCCCUCUACCCAGCUAUUUCCUCAUCUGAUUGUUCUCUUUAGCUCACUUUGCAUUCUCUUAAGAACUAAAUAUUUUGGAUGUUUGCAUGAUUAAUUGUAAUGAGAUUUUUCAUAGUUUUUUUGUGGAACAUCUUUAAAAUCAGACUUUGGCUUUCCUUUGAGGGCUAAAAACUGAUGCUGGCAUUUAGAAUUAGAUUCCCAGUGUUACACUCAUUCCUACAGUACUUUUUUUUUCAAAAUAUCUAUAUCCAUCUGAUCAAAUUAAUGUAUACUGAAUCUCGAUCUAAUGCACAAAUGGAAUUAUCAUUGUGUACUACCUAAAUGUUCCAUAAGCAACAGGGCCAGAACAAGUUUGCUAAGCCUGAUGGCCUGCCACCAAGUGUGUAUGAUCUUGUGAAUGUCUAACUAGUCCUUUUAAUUUUGAAUAAAUUACAUAAAGUUUA